AUGCCUGCCAGAAGAAGAUCUCAAGCUGCGGUAGUCCCUGAGCCUGAGAACGAUACCCAUCUCAGCGGUAUUUCAGUCAGAGGAGGCUCACCAAUUCGUCGAACCAAUCCCCGGCGCAAAUCAUCACAAAUCAAAAAUGACUCAGCCCGCGUCAUUGAUGAUACCGAAGAGGAUGAACUCGCAUCAAUAAUCAUGGAUACCCCCAAGAAUCAGACCUUUCGAACGGAUCCGACAGUGGCUGUGAAAGUGGUGAUACCCUCGCAGAUGGAUGCAUCUACAAGCGACUCGAGCGCCUCACCAGGCAAUCCAUCCGCCGAAGGAAAUACGGCAUAUAGUACUCCUGCCACUAGCGUUGGAACGCCCGCGGAGUCCAGCAUGAAGCGGACGCGCACUCGGGUGAAUGCAUCAGAUCGUGCUCAGCGCCUGCGUGCAACCAGCACAGUCACACGACGGACGUCGUUGAGAUCGCAAACCGGGACAAAGCGAUCGGCUGACGACGCUGAGCUACUUCAGGAUGACGACCUCAAUUUGGAAACCUCGGACGCAGCAAUGGCCCGUGCUCUUCAGAUGGAGGAGUACGAGCAGCAGCCGAUGCCUAAGAAACGCAAAACCGCGGCUUCUGAGCGAAGCCGGUCUUCAACUCGUUUGCAGCAGAACGCCAUUGAUUUCUCGGGAGAAACUGACUCCUCCGUGCUAGACUCCCUCGAUGAUGAAGUAUUUCAGUCUGCGGAAGAUCUUGACUCAAAUUUCGAGUCCGAUUCCGAGGGAGAUUGGCCAAAAAUUGUGACACAACAAAAGGCCAAGAAAACUCGAAAAUCGAAGGUUGAAGAUGACGAGGAAGAUCAGGGUCCGACCGAUAUGGCUGAGGACGAUGCCGAGGAACUAGGGUUGAGUUGGGACGAGCAACGCAAAGCGCGAAGAGCCAAAGCCGAUCGCAAGAAGUUAGAGAAGAAGCAUCCGGCUAUUGUCACCAUGUGGGACACCCUCAAGGCGACUCCAAUUAUCACACCAAAGCCUGCACAGCAACCCGAGUCCAUCACACGCAAGUUGAAGCCCUUCCAGCUAGAAGGGUUGAGUUGGAUGCUGGAACAGGAAAAGACUCAAUACCGGGGUGGACUCCUGGGCGAUGAGAUGGGAAUGGGCAAGACGAUCCAGGCUGUGUCUUUGAUUAUGUCGGAUUUUCCCCAGCCGGAGCCCACGUUAGUCCUGGUGCCACCAGUCGCGCUGAUGCAAUGGGUGUCUGAGAUUAAGGAAUACACCAAUGGCAAGUUGAAAGUAUGCGUAUAUCACAACGCGGACCCCAAGGUGAAAAAGCUGUCACGAGCGGAUCUGCGCAAGUUUGAUGUUAUCAUGAUGUCUUACUCUGGUCUUGAGUCCAUCCAUAGAAAGCAGGAGAAGGGCUGGACGCGUGGCAAUGGAACGGUCAAGGAGGACAGCUUGAUUCAUUCAAUCAAAUACCAUCGACUGAUCCUUGAUGAGGCACACAGUAUCAAGUCACGUACGACCGGUGUUGCGAAGGCUUGCUUCGCCUUGAAGGCUUCUUACAAGUGGUGUUUGUCCGGCACACCGGUCCAAAACAGAAUCGGAGAGUUCUUUUCUCUCUUGCGUUUCCUUCAGGUGAAGCCAUUCGCCUGUUAUUUCUGCAAGCAAUGUCCUUGUGAGCAGCUCCAGUGGUCAGCGAACAAGCAGGGCCAAUGCAACGAAUGCAAACACACGGGAUUCAAUCACAUCUCCAUCUUCAAUAAGGAGAUACUUAAUCCGAUCACCGAGGGAAGGACUACCGAAGAACGCAAGGAGGGACUUGCCAAGCUGCGCUUGAUCACGGAUCAUAUUAUGCUUCGCAGAAUGAAAGAGGAGCAUACGUCGUCCAUGGAACUGCCGCCAAAAAGAAUCACCAUCCACAAUGAAUUCUUUGGUGAGAUUGAGCAUGAUUUCUCGCGCAGUAUCAUGACAAACUCCUCGCGACAAUUCGACACCUACGUCAGUCGAGGUGUAAUGUUGAACAACUACGCGAACAUCUUUGGUCUCAUCAUGCAGAUGCGACAAGUCGCAAAUCACCCAGACUUGAUUCUGAAGAAGCAUGUGCAGCCGGGCUUCAAUGUCUUGGUGUGCCGUGUCUGCGAUGAGCCUGCUGAAGACGCGAUUCGCUCCCGUUGUCGACAUGAAUUCUGCCGCAAGUGUGCGAAGGACUAUAUUCAGUCCUACGACGACGUCUCCGCUGUGGACUGCCCACAAUGUCACAUUCCUCUUUCGAUUGAUCUGGAGCAGCCGACCAUCGAGCAAUCGGACGAGUCAGUGAAGAAGAACUCCAUCAUCAAUCGAAUCAUGAUGGAGAACUGGACAUCGUCAACGAAGAUCGAGACUUUGGUGUAUGAGCUUUAUCAACAGCGAACUAAGAGCCACACACCGAAGUCGAUCAUCUUCUCACAGUUCACAUCCAUGCUGCAGCUGGUGGAAUGGCGCCUGCGUCAUGCUGGCUUCAAUACGGUGAUGCUCGAUGGCACCAUGACACCCGCGCAGCGUCAAAAAUCGAUUGAACAUUUCAUGAAGAACGCAGACGUGGAGGUGUUCCUCGUCUCAUUGAAAGCUGGCGGUGUGGCCCUGAACUUGACCGAAGCAUCUCGCGUCUUCAUUGUGGAUCCCUGGUGGAAUCCCGCGGCUGAGUGGCAGAGUGCCGAUCGAAGUCACCGAAUCGGUCAGCAGCGGCCCUGUGUUAUCACUCGCCUGACGAUUGAAGAUUCGGUCGAAUCACGAAUUGUCCAGCUUCAGGAAAAGAAGGCCAAUCUCAUCCGAGGUACCAUCAACAAGGACCAGGGCAAGGCGCUGGAGAAACUCACCCCGGAGGAUAUGCAAUUCUUGUUCCGGGGUUCAUGA